AUGACUUUGAAUAACGUAGCAAGACCAGACCUCUGUGUUUCUUCUACGCCGCUCCGUUACGCUACAGAUACAAGAAGAUUGCUCCACCAAGGGGGCUCUACUCCGCCACACCAAGCAUAUCUGGCGUGGUAA